CCGACCGGUGCCGCCGCCCCGCCGGGGGGCUGCGGCGAGAGGGGCUCGCCGCCCGGGGGCCGGGCCGGAGAAGCCGCUCUGGCGGGGUCCGCCCCCCUCGCUCCUCUCUCUCGGGGGAGUACCCGGAGGCUGCGGCGGGGCGGCGCGGAACGGCGGCGGGAGCGGGGGCUGAGCCUCGGGGGGGAGCCGGCGGCGCGGCGGGGCGACCCCGGCGGCCACCCCGCCCCGCGGGGCGAGCGCCGGGGCCGGGCCGGCUUUGAAACCCGACACCCGCAGCGGGGCGUGGGGCCGCCCCCCGCCCCGCCGGGCCGCGCCUUAAAUGCGGGCGGCGGCGGCGGCGGCCGCGCCGUCGGGAGGAGCUGCCGGGCCGAGGGAGCCGGGCUGAGCCCCCGCGCCGCUGCCCGGCGGCCGCAGCGGCCCCCAUGGAUUUCUACGAGGCGCAUCCCUCCGGCAAGGUGGACUUCGGCAGUAAAAGACCCGUGUUGGUUCUUCAGAAUGACUCUCUCUACUCUCAGAGACGUCCUUACACCAAUGAAGAUGAGGCCUGGAAAACUUUUCUUGAAAAUCCCCUCACAGCAGCUACCAAAGCUAUGAUGAGCAUCAAUGGGGAUGAAGACAGUGCGGCUGCCCUCGGACUGCUCUAUGAUUAUUACAAGGUUCCAAGGGAGAGGAGAUCUUCAACAGCCAAGCCUGAGGUAGAACAUCCUGAACAAGACCAUAGUAAAAGGAACAGCAUCCCAAACGUGACAGAACAGUCGCUCAUUUCUGCUGGAGAAAACAGGGUCCAGGUUCUGAAAAAUGUGCCUUUCAAUAUUGUACUUCCACACACCCCCCAGAUGGGCAUGGACAAGCGAGGCCACCUCACGACCCCUGACACGACGGUCACCGUUUCGAUUGCCACGAUGCCCACGCAUUCCAUCAAAACGGAGACGCAGCCCCACGGCUUUGCCGUGGGCAUCCCACCGAGCGUGUACCACCCCGAGCCGCCCGAGCGCGUGGUGGUCUUCGACAGGAACCUCAAUCCCGACCAGUUCAACUCCAACACCCAGCCUCAGAACUCCCAGAGGCGAACACCAGACUCCACCUUCUCGGAGACUUUUAAGGAGGGUGUGCAAGAGGUUUUCUUUCCUACUGAACUGAACCUCCGAAUGGCCAACAUGAAUUCAGAAGAUUAUGUUUUUGACAGCAUUUCUGGGAAUAACUUUGAAUACACUCUGGAAGCCUCCAAGUCCCUCCGACAGAAGCCUGGGGACAGCACAAUGACUUACCUGAAUAAAGGUCAAUUCUACCCAAUCACGCUGAAAGAAGUCAGCAGCACUGAAGGAAUCCAUCACCCCAUCAGUAAAGUCCGAAGUGUCAUUAUGGUUGUGUUUGCUGAGGACAAAACAAGGGAAGAUCAGCUCAGGCACUGGAAAUACUGGCACUCAAGACAGCACACAGCCAAACAAAGAUGCAUUGACAUAGCUGACUACAAGGAGAGCUUCAACACCAUCAGCAACAUCGAGGAGAUCGCAUACAAUGCCAUAUCCUUCACCUGGGACAUCAACGAGGAAGCAAAGGUUUUCAUUUCUGUGAACUGCCUCAGCACAGAUUUUUCCUCUCAGAAGGGAGUUAAAGGCCUGCCCCUGAAUCUUCAGAUUGACACUUACAGCUACAAUAACAGGAGUAACAAACCUGUGCACAGAGCCUACUGCCAAAUUAAAGUCUUCUGCGACAAGGGAGCAGAGAGGAAGAUCAGGGAUGAAGAGCGAAAGCAAAGCAAAAGAAAAGGCAAGUGCACUGAUCCCAGCUCUCAGCUGAAUGCCUUUUCUGAUGUCAAAGUGCCCAUGCUUCCCUCACACAAACGUACCGACAUCACCAUCUUCAAGCCCUUCAUGGACCUCGACACUCAGCCUGUCCUGUUCAUCCCUGAUGUUCACUUUGCUAACCUGCAGCGUGGGGCUCACGUCCUUCCUGUUGCUUCAGAAGAACUAGAGGGUGAAAGCUCCAACCUGAAGAGAGGAGCUUAUAUUGGUGAAGAGGACUUUAUUGCUACUCCAAAUAAGAUGGCCAGAAUAGAAGAGCCAAAACGAGUGUUGCUGUAUGUGCGAAAAGAGUCAGAGGAAGUCUUUGAUGCACUUAUGUUGAAGACACCAUCUCUGAAAGGCCUCAUGGAAGCGAUAUCUGACAAGUAUGAUGUUCCUUUUGAUAAAAUAGGAAAAAUCUUCAAAAAAUGUAAAAAAGGAAUUCUGGUCAACAUGGACGAUAACAUUGUGAAACACUAUUCUAAUGAAGAUACCUUCCAGCUGCAGAUUGAAGAGGUUGGAGGAUCUUACAAGCUGACUUUGACUGAGAUCUAAGAUCACAGAUCACUGUGGAUUUUAAACAAAGCUCUGUCAUGGUGUUGUUUGGAAGAGGAAGGCAAAUGCCACGUUGAGUUGAUCAACAGGAGCAUGACCUGAAGAGAGAAAAUUUCUUCCAUGCAAGACAUAGGAGACCUCCCCCCUUUGGCUCUGCUUGGCACCGCCAAGGUCUCCACUGGAGCACGGACCACGCGGUCCUUCGGCCAAAGCUCAUGGCUUCUGAGGAGGAAGGCCUGCGUGAUCUGGCUGGUGAGGGGUCAUGUUCAGAUGGGAUUAUUGACCCAUGGACAUGUCCUCCCUCUCCAUGGCAAGCACAGGGAGUAGUGGAUGUAAAUCACUGGAUUUCAGGCUGGGUGUUGAGGCAGUUUUCUCUAGUGAGAAGAGCAGGUUGCCCAUAGAGGCAGUGGUUUGGCAUCAAAGGUCUUCAGAGCCAGGCUGAGCAAAGGUAUCUUUGGACUGUCACAGGUGUAAUUGAUUCUCCCUUGGUGGUGAGUCCAGGUGACGACUUGAAUUCCCUCCCCACAUUCUUUUUUAAUGAUUUAUAUAAAGUACAGUAUUUUGGAAUUUGUAUUUCGAUCAAUCCUGAGCUGGUUCAUUCCAUUCCCCCCUCUAUUCCCCCCUCCUUCCUUCUCCUCUUUUGUUGAUGGACCCCAGCAGAGGGUUGGUGAUGCUCUGGGCACUGCAUCCUCCCCUCGAGCAAACUCACACAGAUGCAUCUGUGACUGGGGGCAUGUUGUCAGAACACGUGGGCUGGAGGCUGAAGCGGAGAGGCUGAUGUGCAGCACGAUGCUGAACAUGGCCCACAGCUGCCAGCCUGUACAGGAAUGCCCCUCCAGCAGAGCAGCCACGGGACUCGUGCCCAGCCAGCACCAGCCUCCUGCUUGGGCUUCCCUUCAGCAGUCACGGGAAUCGUUCUACUAUGGCAAGGGAAUUUUUUUAAAAAACCUGAUAUAUAGAAUACAUAUAUAUAUUUACACAUUUUUAUUGAAAGUGGAAGUUUUAUUACGGAAACUUGGUCUAGGGUCAGGGAAGUAGAUUUAGAAUCUCCAUAGAGGUAAGAUUGACAUGAAUGUUAUUUCUUUUUACUGCUUAAUGAAGUAUGUGAACUAAAUCUGACGAUUGUUUUCCACUAUAAGAUAUUCUGGGACACGGGUCUUAUAACAGUAGCAGCAAUGUCAUGUAUGUUUUAUGAAACUGAUUUUUUUUUUGUUUUGCCUGCUGUUUUUUAAUUGAAAAUGUAUUUUAAACCAAGCUA